AUGGCGGUCUCUGCACUGUCAGGUCGAGGCAAUUCACCCACAGCGGGCUCAUUUCUGCGCAUAUCUAGAAUGCCAGAUAGACCCCGGGGGUUUCGGGAGGCUCUCCGCGCGAAGUAUGCCUCUGAGCCGGAGGUAGGUGCAAGUUCUAGCUCUGGGAGCACGGAGCCACUUCAAAUCAGCGGGAAGGUUGUCGAGGAGGUUGGCUUUGAUAGGGUUCGUAAGAUACUUGCUACCCUGCAGGAGCUUAGAAUUGUUAUCCUAGACGGUAUGCGCAUUAGGGGCUUUGCGGCGGAGGAAGACGAGGACCUGCGCAAGGCGGAAAUAGAGCGCGUCAAAGAACUUUGUCCAAAAAUUACCCAACUUGACCUGAGUCGAAAUCUGCUCGCAGACUGGACAGAAAUCGCGGAUCUUAGUGAGCAGCUGGAGGAUUUGCGAAUCUUGAAGUUGGACGGCAACCGUUUCAGCAUUUCUCUCGGGGACAGGGUAUUAAGAGGAAUAACUGAAUUACAUCUUGAUGAAACACUCUUAACAUGGGAAGAAAUAUCUGCCCUUUCCUACCGAGUUCCAGACCUCCGCAAGCUCUCCUUAUCGUCCAACAAUUUACCCCUUGUCUCUGUUCCAAUAUCAAACACAAUAACGGACAUAACCCUAGAAUCCAACAACUUUACUACAAUACAGGGCCUCUCACACUUGUCAUCGCUCCCAAAUCUAACUCGGCUGUCCGUUCGCCGAAACAAGAUCAGCGUGAUUCAAGAUUCGAAUGAUAAAACCCAUCCCUUGCGGUUCUCGCCGACAGUUACUACCUUGGACAUAUCCCGAAAUCUGAUAGAAUCGUGGGCUUUUAUCGACGCCCUCCCAUCCGUUUUCCCAGGUCUGACGAAUCUUCGCAUAUCAGACAAUCCGGUAUAUGAACAGCCACCUGCCUCGUCAGCCAUAACAGGGCUUCCGGAGAAGCGCAUGACAGUCGACGAGGCUUACAUGCUUACACUUGCCCGACUCCCCAAAUUAGAGAUAAUGAAUUAUAGCAAGAUAACCCCCCAGGAUCGUGUUAACGGAGAGCUGUACUACAUGUCUCUUAUCAAGAAGGAAUUGUCGAUAUCUCCCGUAAGUGAAGAGAAGAGAAUCCUUUCGUCACACCCUCAAUAUGGUGAACUUUGCGCGAUACACGGUGCUCCUGAAAUCAAACGGGCAGAGAGCAAUGAUCCGGUUAAUAUACGAUCCCUCGCAGCACGUCUGAUCAACUUUACGUUUUAUUUCCCAAAUGCUAAGCAUGCUCCCGGGCAAACAGCCAUGGAGUUCAGAAAGGAGAUCCCAAGAACAUUCGACAUAUAUCGCGUCAAAGCCAUCGUUGCACGCCACUUUUCCCUUGCUCCUCUAAGCUUCAGACUAAUCUGGGAGACAGAGGAGUGGGACCCGGUUGAAGAAGGCGUGGCGGAGGAAGACGAAUGGGAUAGUGGCGAUGAGGGAGACGAGGAGCCCGUUGAGGUAGGACGUCAAAAGAGAUUUGUUCGGCGUGAGGAGGAAUUUGUUGAUUCCACCAGGGCCGUUGAGCACUGGUUGAGCCAUGAUACCCGUGAGGUCAGACUCAUCAAGUGCUGGAGAGUUAAAGGCUUGUACUCUAUACCAUGUGGAUUAAUUGCAGGCCAACCGAAAUAUUGGUGCAAACACUGCAAGACAUAUGUCCGCGACACCCCAUUCGAGCGCACCCAACACGAAGCGACGGGUAAACACCAAGGGAGCCUGAAACGAUUCCUUCGCGACGUCCACCGCUCGCAGGAUAAAGACCAGAGAGAAUCUCAAAGAGCCAAACAGGAAGUAGAGAGGCUAAAGGGAUUAGUUGGGCAUGCAGCGGCAAAACCUGAGAAAGAGCCGCCAUGGAAACGUGGCGGUAGGAAUCCGGACGUCGGCGCAUCUGCGUCGUUGAGUGUCACAAAGGAGCAAAGGAAAAGGCAAAUGGAACAGCUGGCUGAGAUGGGAGUUGCAAUACCCGAGGAGUUUAGGCCGGAAAUGGCGAUGGUUGGUGAGUGGAAGACUCUUUCAGAGACUCCCGUCGCGGAGCGUGAAACCGCUGCUGUGGUGAAGGGUGUGAGGAAGAGGAAACUUGAGGAUCAGGAGGAAGAUGAAGAAGACGAGGCUGGCGGUCCGGUCCCUGAGCUGGAACGCCCUCGAAAGGUUUGGGGUUCGGCAUUCAAGAGUCAUCCAGUUGCAGAGGAAAACGACGACGAGCUUGAGGCCCUGCUAAGUAUGACGAAGGAUAUAAAGGGGAAGAACACAAAACUAGAAACCAAGUCCGAAGACGAAGCCAUUAAAGAAGAAGAGCCUGUGAUGGAACCGGUGACUGGGCUGGACACGAACACAGGCUUCCAGGACAAUAUCAAGCGAGAAGAAGUAAAAAGCGAUUCUCUAGACGCUCCCCCUACGUUGGAAGCUAGUGCUGCAAGGAACUCCACGCCGCCGGUUGUAUUCAAGAAACGCAAACCGAAACAGGCCAAGAGAUAA